UACAGAAGAUUAAGGUGGAGGUGCUCGAUGUUGAUGUCACUUGUAUGGAACCUACAGGAAACUUUGAAAUUAUCCUUUGAGAGAUCAUGGGAGGUAUUAAUACUACUCUCACAGAUACACUUACCCUCCCAAACAAGAAGAAAAAGAAGUCGAGAGGCCAGAUCAUCCUUAGGGCUGAGAAAGUCUCUUCUAAUAACGACAUCGUUUACUUCUCAAUGAGAAUCAAUCACUUGAAGCCCAAUAAAGGGUGGUUCUGAAGCAGUGAUGAUCCCUUCUUCUUUAUCGAGAGAGCGAGGGAGAGUAAUCAGAAAGAAUUUCUGAGGGUCAUUCAAACUGAGCCUGUCAGUAAUAAUCUUAAUCCUGCUUAGUUUGCACUUAAGUAUGAUUCUAAGGAAAACUGUAAUGAAGAUCUCUAGUGACCUC